GGUGAGUCAGUGGAGGAACAAGAAAGGAUCCUGGGGACCCAUUACCCUAAGAAGGUCAAGGGAGGUCCAGGGCCAGGCAGGCAGUCUCUUGGUCUGGCCUUUGUGCCAGAAACCCCUGCAGCUGGCAGAGGGUGCUGAAGUAGUAGAGGGUAGCAGGAAUUGCCCAACUGAUUGAUAACAACUGCUUCAGGAGGAAGCCCCCCGGACCAGCGGAAAACCUGAGGGUCCUGAGUCCUUUAAGCGGGGUCCUUUAGAACCUGGUGGAGCCUCCUCCAGGACUCCAGGGGGAGGAGAAGACUUGUGGGGUGGUACUGAAUGGCUGGCUGAACUUUCAUUUCCCCUUGGGGUCACAUGCAAGCCCUCCUCUCACAGAGGCGGUGGCUACGGUUCCUCUUGCAGAGCUGGAACUGAGCCUGCCCCAUGGUUGAGACAGUGGGGUCUGGUGGGAAUGAGGGGGCUACAGAAGGAUCAGAGCAAAUGGCACCCAGAGGUGGCAACAAUUUUUCAGGAAUUAUGACCUGAACAGCAUCGUAAUUUAGGAAGCCAGAUACAGCAGCUUUCUCUGAAUCCAGGCUUCCCUGUCCACCUCUGGACAGUGGAAUAAGUCACCCACUUGACUCUGAUCUGGGGAUGCAACAAACCUUCAGACACACAAAGGACUCCAGACCAGAGGAAGGAGUCUAGGAUUCUGAGUAGAUCCAGAGGCAGCCUGAGCCGGGCAGGGCCCCUCCCUCUGCUCCGGCAGCCCCCCAUCAUGCAGCCACCGAUGGACCUCAAGCAGAUCCUGCCCUUCCCACUAGAGCCAGCCCCAACCCUGGGCCUCUUCAGCAACUACAGCACAAUGGACCCUGUACAGAAAGCUGUGCUCUCCCACACUUUUGGAGGACCCUUGCUCAAGACCAAGCGGCCAGUCAUUUCCUGUAAUGUCUGUCAGAUCCGCUUCAAUUCUCAGAGCCAGGCUGAGGCGCACUACAAGGGUAAUCGCCAUGCCCGAAGAGUCAAAGGCAUCGAAGCUGCCAAAACCCGAGGCAGGGAGCCUAGUGUCCGGGAAUCAGGAGAUCCAGCUCCAGCAGGCAGCAUCCCUCCGAGUGGGGAUGGUGUAGCCCCUCGUCCAGUUUCCAUGGAGAAUGGCCUGGGUCCAGCUCCAGGAUCCCCAGAGAAACAGCCUGGCUCCCCAUCCCCUCCCAGUGUUCCAGAGUCGGGACAGGGUGUAACCAAGGGUGAAGGGGGAACUUCAGUCCCAGCUUCCCUGCCUGGGGGUAGCAAGGAAGAGGAGGAGAAGGCUAAGCGUCUGCUCUACUGUGCACUGUGCAAGGUGGCUGUGAACUCCCUGUCCCAGCUUGAGGCACAUAACAAAGGUACUAAGCACAAGACAAUUUUGGAGGCCCGAAGUGGGCUGGGACCCAUCAAAGCUUACCCUCGGUUGGGGCCUCCCACUCCUGGGGAACCAGAGGCUCCUGCCCAGGACCGAACCUUCCACUGUGAGAUCUGCAAUGUCAAGGUCAAUUCGGAGGUCCAGCUGAAACAGCACAUCUCCAGCAGGAGGCACCGAGAUGGCGUGGCUGGGAAGCCCAACCCUCUACUGAGCCGGCACAAGAAGCCUAGGGGCGCUGCAGAGCUGGCGGGCACGCUGACUUUCUCAAAGGAGCUGCCCAAGUCCCUGGCCGGUGGCCUGCUCCCCAGCCCCCUAGCGGUGGCUGCGGUGAUGGCCGCUGCAGCAGGAUCUCCGCUGUCCCUGCGUCCAGCUCCAGCUGCACCUCUUCUGCAGGGACCACCGAUCACACACCCUCUACUCCACCCUGCCCCAGGACCCAUCCGAACUGCGCACGGACCCAUCCUCUUCUCCCCCUACUGACCUCAACCCUGAACCCCUCCCAUUGAAUCCCCCACCUCCAGCCGGGACCCAGGUCUCCGGGCUCCCAGCCCGCCCCUCUUCCCGGCGCUCCCUGAAUGGUCUCUCCUUCCCCCCACCCCGAGGUACGGGGUUCCAGGAAAGGGGAGGGGUAGCGGGGGAGGGGGGCUUCAGAAGGGGGGGAACACCCCAGAUCUCAGGGAACCCCGCCCCCUGCCCUUCCCUCUCCCCUAGAAAAGAGGGGGGCCGUCUCACCCCCGAGCCCCCUCGGAGACACCCCCUCCCAAAAGCCAUGUCCAUCCAACCCUUCCCCUCCAAACCUAGCACAAAACGGGGUUCACAAGCCAUGGUCGGGGCCCGGGGGGAGAACAUGGAUUUUCUUGGCAAUAAGCGGACUCUGGGACUCCGGCUCCCCUACCCCAAACUAAAGCGCUUCCGUGAACAACCCCAUCCUCCCGCAGGAGGAGGGGAACAGGCGGGAUCCUGGGUCCCUCGUAAGCACUUUGGUUUUACCGCCUGCAACCUCACUGUGCCCGCCCCGCACCAUGCCCCAGCCCCGGGUCCAGUCGGGCCCAUCGCAGGGGGCAGCACUUGGGGGCAUCUCAGGCACUUGGGUGGGACCAAGGAGAUGCCCUCAUAGACCCUUCCCUCGCCUUCUUCCUCCCCGGUCCGGGUUCCAUUCUUUUCACCAGCACCCAUCGCCCAAGGGGUACCAAGGGGGGCAAGGGGUGUCCAGUCCAAGCCCACCCCCGCCUCGCCUUCCGCAAAACUGUGAGCAAAAAGCAAUAGAAGCCUCGCCCCCGCCCCCGGCCCGUCCCUUUCCGCAGGAUUUGCCGUCUGUAGCCUCCCCAUUCCAGUUCCUAGACCUCAUGGCUGCCCCCUCCCGUGACACCUCCACUGCACAACUCGGGCGGGGGCGUGACCCCCAACCCGUCCCUUCUGUGGUUUCCGUGUGGUCAGCCCUUCCAGCCGCCGACCCGGGAUGGGGACUGGCCCCCACUGGCCCUCCCCUCCCCAUGGACUCUUUCUGCUUGACAAUGUAGCAAACCCCCUCCCUCUUUCUCUCUCCUUGACAAUAAAGUCUGGAUUUGUUCUGCCCUCUC